AUGGAGGGCGAGAAGAAACAAGGUGCCACAGGUGGUGCCACAGGUGAAGGUGCCACAGGUGGAGGUGCCACAGGUGAAGGUGCCACAGGUGAGGGUGCCACAGGUGAGGGUGCCACAGGUGAAGGUGCCACAGGUGAAGGUGCCACAGUUGAAGGUGCCACAGUUGAAGGUGCCACAGGUGAAGGUGCCACAGGUGGAGGUGCCACAGGUGGAGGUGUCACAGGUGAAGGUGCCACAGGUGAGGGUGCCACAGGUGAGGGUGCCACAGGUGGAGGUACCACAGGUGAAGGUGCCACAGGUGAAGGUGCCACAGGUGAAGGUAACACAUGUGAAGGUAACACAUGUGAAGGUGCCACAGGUGAGGGUGCCACAGGUGAGGGUGCCACAGGUGAAGGUGCCACAGGUGAAGGUGCCACAGGUGAAGGUGCCACAGGUGAAGGUGCCACAGGUGGAGGUACCACAGGUGAAGGUGCCACAGGUGGAGGUACCACAGAUGAAGGUGCCACAGGUGAGGGUGCCAUAGGUGGAGGUACCACAGGUGAAGGUAACACAUGUGAAGGUGCCACAGGUGAAGGUGCCACAGGUGAAGGUGCCACAGGUGAAGGUGCCACAGGUGAGGGUGCCACAGGUGAAGGUGCCACAGGUGAGGGUGCCACAGGUGAAGGUGCCACAGGUGAAGGUGCCACAGGUGAAGGUGCCACAGGUGAAGGUGCCACAGGUGAAGGUACCACAGGUAAGGGUGCCACAGGUGAAGGUAACACAUGUGAAGGUGCCACAGGUGGAGGUAACACAUGUGAAGGUGCCACAGGUGAAGGUGCCACAGGUGGAGGUGCCACAGGUGGAGGUGCCACAGGUGGAGGUGCCACAGUGGUGACGACUUUUAUGGCCACCACUAAAACCUUUACUGCCGGCUGUGGUGACGGUACUGAUGACGAUGGUCACAGUGAUGGUGAUGAUUGUAACAGUGGUGACGGUACUGAUGAUGACGAUGGUCACAGUGAUGGUGAUGCUAAUAACAGUGGUGACGGUACUGAUGAUGACGAUGGUCACAGUGAUGGUGAUGCUAAUAACAGUGGUGACGGUACUGAUGAUGACGAUGGUCACAGUGAUGGUGAUGAUAAUAACAGUGGUGACGGUACUGAUGAUGACGAUGGUCACAGUGAUGGUGAUGAUAAUAACAGUGGUGACGGUACUGAUGAUGACGAUGGAGGAACAGGCACGAGACGCAGGAGAGGAAGAGAGGAAGGAACACCAGACGAUAAAGAUAAAGAUCCAUAA